UGCCCUUCUGGAUAGAACACCCCGAAGUUCGCGCCGUAGGCGCCCGACACGACGGUGUUGUCCGUGAUGAAGAAGGUCAGCCCGUCGCCGGGUCCCUGGCCCUCAGCCUUGGUCUCGAACGAGAAGCUGGUGUUGAAGGAUGCGACCGCCGAUACCCGGUGGUCGAUCAUCCCGACGGGGGUGCUGUACAUGGCGACGCCGCUCGUCCAGAACAGCGUCUCCCUCGGCCCGGAGAUGAGGGACAGCUGCCCGGAUUGGCCGUCGGUGGUGGCAUUGCCCAGGCAGAGCACGUUGUCCUGGCACCGGAACCCGUCCGCCUCCUGGUCCAGGGAGAAAGAGAGCGCCUGGCCGCCCAGAAAGACGGAGAGGAGGAGCAGAAGGAUAAGGCCCAGCGCAGUCGAAGUCGCAGUCGGACCCAUAGGCGAUGAGAGGAGCGCGACGCUCGUCGGAUCCGCAGCGCGCAUUCACGGCCCGAUUUCGACGAGCUCCUCGAGCUGCACGAUCCUCAAGUCAGCCGUGGCGCCUCGCCCGUGGGAUUUGCCGACCGCUGGCGUCCCCCGCAUGGCGCACCUGCGCGGCUCAGACUCUGCUGGCAUCCCAAACGCUCGAGGUCCGAAUUCGGAGCUGCGCUCGCAGGCAGCUCAGCCGAUCAUCGCCCACAGCAGCAGCUCAGAGUGCCUCCCCUUCCAUCCUUCGGCCGCUCCUUGUUCGCCUCUGGCGGCCCAAUCGCCCUUGAAUCUCGAUCCUGGUCGCGAGGAGUGGCAGCAGGAGGAGGAGGAGGAGGAGGCGGCGGCGAGCCAAGUACGUAAAAGUUGCAGCUGCGCAGCCCGAGAGUCGAGAGGUGGAUCGCAGCCGCAGUCAGGUGGCGAUGGAGACCUGCAAUGGCGUCGUGGGAGCAAUCAGAUGAAAUUUCUCGGCUCCGUGUUUAUCACUCGACGGGGUCCCCGCGUUCGAUGGAUCGCAUUCGUUGACGGCCCCGAUGUCAAACCUUCAACAGGCAGCGGAAGUGGCGGAGACUUUGAAACGAUCCCGGGUGUGAGUUCGUCAACUCAUGGAUUGCUUGAAAAAUCGGAAUUGUGGACAUCGAGCGUUGGCAUGGAUCGGACGCUUCGCUCGCAUGGCGAUUUGACCCGCCCGGUCGCACGGCCACUCUUCUACCUGAGAUCCUCGAAUUCCUCGUCGCCACUCCGGGAAUCGAGGCUCCAGUGAAAAGGCCAGUUCGUUGGUUCGAUGCUUUGACGCGCCAUGCAUUUCGUGAGAUUGCCCCGAGAGGUACAGUCCCCUGCUGCUGAACUGCAGAACUGUUGGUGAAGCUAGUGGGACGAAAGGAGGACAGGAACACGAGGUGGAAGUGGACUACUGCUGCUGUUCGGAGCUCGUUGGCAGGGACAACAGUUGCAGUAUCGCGGCGCAGGUAAUCACUCGCUUCCGUCCACAAUCCUUGACAAAUUUGCACGAAUACGGGUCUCAAGAUGGACCCCUGAAAUGAUGGAAGCGAAUUCACCGAUUCCUAGUCGUUCCCAUACUGAACUUCAGCAGACGAGUAAAUCCAGGAUAAAUACAUCAUUCCCAAUAGAUUCUAAUAAUCGGAGGACCACUUUUUUUUUAUUAUCAAAUGUCAAUUGCGACCGAAACUGCUACGUUCGGAAAUUCGCAGAGGGUCAAGCCAAAAUUAUGGGGAAGUCUAUACUGCCGAGAUUUCUGAGGUUUCGAGCAUGCAUGCAGUACGUGACGUUCCUCUGCGGGGCCUACUGGCAGCCGCGCAAGUCAAGCUUCAAGCUGUAGUCAAUAGUUAAUGCGUGUCCUGAACUCAACGUGGUCAACUGAACAUGAAGGAGCUUGCAUUCUAUCUCCUUUCGCUGUCAUAUGUAGCACUAUUGUGUGCCCCUAACAGAUGAUCGUGGAAAUUGUGGGUUGCUCUCACAUUUUGUAUAUCUAAGUCCUUGUCUGUAGCAGCACAUACAAGCUUUUGCACAGAUCUUUCAAAUGGACUUCGAGAC